UGCUCUCUUUUGUUCUCUCAUUUUGCUUUGGCUUUUACACUAAGAAAGGCGAAUAGAGAGAGAAAAAGUGAGGCAGCCAUCGGAGGUUGGCUUGCUCGAUCUUCGAUCUACUUCCAAUCUUCUCGCCCCUUCCUCUCUGCAAUCAAAAGCUUUAUAAACAAUGGCUGAUGCUGAGGAUAUUCAACCCCUUGUUUGUGACAAUGGAACUGGAAUGGUGAAGGCUGGGUUUGCAGGUGAUGAUGCUCCCAGGGCAGUUUUCCCCAGUAUUGUUGGUCGACCCCGACACACUGGUGUUAUGGUUGGGAUGGGUCAGAAGGAUGCCUAUGUGGGUGAUGAAGCUCAGUCAAAAAGAGGUAUCCUUACCUUGAAAUAUCCUAUUGAACAUGGAAUAGUCAGCAACUGGGAUGACAUGGAAAAGAUCUGGCAUCACACUUUUUACAAUGAGCUUCGUGUUGCCCCUGAAGAGCACCCUGUGCUUCUCACUGAGGCACCCCUCAAUCCCAAGGCCAACAGAGAAAAGAUGACUCAGAUAAUGUUUGAGACCUUCAAUGUGCCUGCCAUGUAUGUCGCUAUCCAAGCAGUGCUAUCUCUAUAUGCCAGUGGGCGAACAACUGGUAUUGUGCUGGAUUCUGGGGACGGUGUGAGUCAUACCGUGCCCAUCUAUGAAGGCUAUGCCCUCCCCCAUGCCAUUCUCCGGCUGGAUCUUGCUGGCCGUGAUCUAACAGAUGCCCUCAUGAAGAUCCUCACAGAGAGAGGUUACAUGUUCACCACUACAGCAGAACGGGAAAUUGUCCGUGACAUGAAGGAAAAGCUUGCAUACGUUGCCCUUGACUAUGAGCAGGAGCUAGAGACUGCAAAGAGCAGCUCCUCAGUUGAAAAGAACUAUGAGCUUCCUGAUGGGCAAGUCAUCACUAUUGGAGCUGAGAGAUUCCGUUGCCCGGAAGUCCUAUUCCAGCCAUCUUUAAUUGGAAUGGAAGCAGCAGGAAUCCACGAGACAACCUACAACUCCAUAAUGAAGUGUGAUGUUGAUAUCAGGAAGGAUCUUUAUGGCAACAUUGUGCUCAGUGGUGGUUCAACCAUGUUCCCAGGUAUUGCAGACCGCAUGAGCAAGGAAAUUACUGCUCUUGCUCCCAGCAGCAUGAAGAUCAAGGUGGUGGCACCGCCCGAGAGAAAGUACAGUGUCUGGAUUGGAGGAUCAAUCCUUGCAUCCCUCAGCACCUUCCAACAAAUGUGGAUUUCCAAGGGAGAAUAUGACGAGUCGGGUCCAUCCAUUGUCCACAGGAAGUGCUUCUAAGUUCUAUUAUUUGCUUUGAUGGGUGAGUUCUCGCUUUUCCCCUUUAGUUGGCUUUUUGUGUUAUAUGUCAUUUGAACUCGGUCUGGUUGAAGUGUUGAGGCUGGGUUAUGAAGGGAGGGCAUGAUAUGAUCGUGAUAUAUCAUAGGUAUUCAUCUGAGGUAGUUCACAUUCAUAUUUCUGUGCCCUGGAUGCUGAAAUGCAGCUGCUCUCCUUGCCUGGCAUUAACUGUGGUUCAACCUUUGCUCUUUUUAGUAGGAUGGAUGUUUGUAGCUGGAGAGUGAUUGCGAUGCUUUUCAUUUUAUUUUUUUGGUUAUUUUGAUAUUUGAAGGUUCUUUUUUUCCUGGGAACAAUUAUGUCGAUAUUUAUUGUAUGAGAAAUUUUAUGUUAGAGUCAGUUUGUGGUCAUAAACUCUUUAUGGUAAACUAUAUUUGAUACUGGGGUUGAAAGCUA